GAUUCAGGUGUUUUCAAACAGUUGUGUGAAGCCUGCAGGACAGGUAACCUUGACACACUGUUGCAAGCAAUCUACUACAACCAGGAUAUCGCACAUGAGCUCAUUUGUGGGGAAGAGAGUGGGACAAAUGAAUCAACUACUAGAAACUUUUUGUAUUUGGCUUGUGAAAAUGGACACUUGGAUGUUGUGCGUCAACUUGUGGAUUUUGGAGCAGAUGUCAAUCUUGCGUCUUACGAUGAUCUCACCCCUUUAUGUGCGGCGUGCAUGAAUGGACAUGCAGCCAUUGCCAGAUUUUUGAUAUCCAGGGGUGCACUUGUACAUGACCCAGCACUGGGUCGCUUUUCACCAAUUUUAUUGGCUUGUAGAUCCGGCAAACAUGAUGUUGUUGAACUUUUAUUAUCAGAACAACCACUUCUCUUGCGGACACAUGGGCAAUUACUACUACACGAGGCCUGUAGACUUGGACAUGUGCAGGUAGUAAGGUUAUUGAUUAAGAAAGGAACAGACAUUAAUCCCCCUCCUUUCAGGGUGACUACAACUGAUGCUGAAGCUCAAGUACCAGGAAGUCCCCUUGAAGGUGCUUGUGUAGGACUUCAAACAUCUGUUGUUAACUACCUCAUUGAAAAUGGUGCUGAGGUGACAGAUGACAUUGUUGAGAAUCACUGGGAAAUCAUAGGAGAAGCACUCAUGAGGUAUGGUAAUAAUAAACAAUUAUUAGAUUAGAGUUUUGUGAUAUCCUGUAGCCUUACAUUAACUGAUAACCUGUGAUAACACUUGACAAGACCUUGAUUACAUCUGUAUUUUGCAUAAUAUUGCAAAACCCAGAUGUAAUGAUAAAAUUGUUAUUGAUUUUGUUAUAAUAUAAUUAUAGAUUGUUUAAAAAAAUAAUUGUGAUAAACACUUGUCGCACAGGACACAGUUUGACAUUGCUCAUGGAAUCUUGCAUUGCCUGUACAACCUAUAUAAAUUGUAUAUCUGCCAGCAGAUAACUACCGGUAACUAAAUUAAUUUGUAGCCUGUACUGAUUUCCAAAAUUAACUGUGGGCUCUUUGCCAAUGAGAAGAAAGAUAGUGAGUUUAUUGUAAAAUAAUAUAAGUAAUUUUCAUAAACAUUGAUCCAUUCUUAAGCUAGCAUGUUUUUUUGGUAUUUGCAGUACAGCUAAAAUUAGGCGAUACUAGCUUAUCCUCCAGGACACUGCCCAGACUAUUCUUUGUGCCUAUGUAACGUACUGAGAUAUAAGAACUUGGGCUGCAUAUUAAGAUCCUCAUACAGCCAGUUGCUUGAUGAGACCGUGGCCAAUCUGACAAUGUAUGGCGAUAGGGUAUACUCUGUAGGAGGACCAAAAUACGGAACAAACUACCACUGAAGAUUAGCAAUCAUUAUAAACCGUAUUUAAAACUUAGCUCAAUGCAUAUCUUUUCAAGGAUGCUUUUGAUUUGCACUCUUUUUUUUUUCUCAUUUUAUCCUUUGCGUGAACAUUACUGGUACUUGAUUUCUUGUUUAUAGAUGUUGGUUUUUUUUUUUUACCUAAUAAAGAGUUAUAUAAAAGUCCUGUACCCGUGCACGUUAUAAAUAACAUGUAGACAGUUAAGAGAUUUGUCAAAAUUAGCUCUUACAAACCAAUUUUAGCUUAACAAAGAAAUGUGUCCAGGAAAACCUAAGGAUUUAUAUUCACAAGCCAGCUCUUAAGGCAAGCUCAUAGAUCCUAUAUGUGUACUGAUUGAGUCUGCCAUAAUAACAUGGCGGCUUUUCAAUCUUUGUGUCAUUUAAAGAAAAACACUAUAAUUUUUGGGAUCGAAGAAGAAUACGAUGGAUCCUGCUCAUAAUGGACACUAGCAUGAUUUGAGUGUAUUUUAAGAAAUAUAUGCGUCUGAGACACGGGACACACAGGUAGAUGGAUCACUGCAUAAUGCUCAUAAAUGUUACUAAUAAUUAAUAAUCACAUAUGAUGUCAAUAUAGAGAGCUGCCAGUAGAUUGAGAAAUAGUACCUCAAACAUGUGUACCAAACUUUAUCAUAACAUUAUAUAGUUAUGUUUAGAUUAUGUUUUGAUUAUAACUAGAGCAAGGAACGUUAUUCCUUCUAAAUGUACCAGGGUGAUUUUUGUAUUAGGGUUUCACUGUUAGCUAGGAUUUUUUCACCAAGAGCAUGUCUUAGUUCAAAGUCACAUGACAAUCUUAAAACGAAGCGUUUUCACGCAAGAGUCUCUAGGACAACUAGUUAAUUUUAGUUUCCUCUUAAAAAUGUUACAGUCAAACCUUGUUAACCCUUUAAGGCCCAAUAUCAACAUACCAAUUCUCCAAAUUGAUCUCUGUACAUUUCCUUAAAAAUGUAGUUGAGAGAAUUUGAUAAAAGAUCAAAGCUUUUUCUAUUUAGUGAUCAUUUCAUUAAUUCUCAUAACCUUAUCUCUUGACAAGGUAUGUAUAUCAUAGGGAGAAAAUUGAUGUUUGUCACCAUUGGGGCUUAAAGGGUUAAUAUGGACACUGAGAGGCCUUAGAAAUUGUCCCCUAAUAAUGGGGUGUCGGUAUCAAGCUGAGAAGUGGCUUUCGAGUUAAGAAAAAAAUGUAAGGGCUUUCUUUCCCCAGGGACAAAGCAAACUGUCUAUAACAAUGAGGUACCGGAUUAAGCGGGUGUCUGUAAUGCAGGGUUUUGCUGUAAUUUUCUCCUCGGCAGAUUCCCAGGGUUCGUAUCUUAUCCCUUUUUUGUGAUGAUUUGUUUAUAGAUACACAAAAGAGUCACAAAACAAGUCAAGAUCAUCACUUUCCUAUGAGGUGGAUCCAUCUAUCACCAUGUUCUCUGCCACCUGGAACAAGAAAAACUUGUUUGCUGUUCACAAGGCCUGGUUUGUCAACUUAUCAGCGCGGCUUGUGAGUGUUUAUUUGUCAGAUAACCACAUUGAAGAACUGCCAGAUGAGCUUUUCAACACUCUACCUGUGUUAGAGGUCUUAGAUGUAUCCAAAAAUAGGCUGCAGUACUUGCCAGAUGUUUCCAGCACCUUUACCAGGUACUUAAUACAAAUUUUCAACCUUUUCAGGGUUCUCCAGUAAAGUUAAAGAAGAAGGAGAAAAAAGUUUUAGACGGCAAUGCAUUAAUUAGAUGGAAAAGUGCUUGUGUGGGGGGUUAGGUGUUGAAAGGGGGCAUUAGCCCCUAUUGUCCCCCACCCCCCACCCCCCUUGUCCCUCCCUCAUCAGUCAUCAAUCAGUGCGAAGCCGAAAGAAACGCGAACAUUGAAAAACACGUGCCAAGGGUAAUGACGUCAUUACUAAUGCGAUCUCCGCCAAUCAGCAUUUCGCAUUGACUUUUUCGUAAAAAUAACAAAAAUAAAAAUUAGGUUAAAAUAACACAACAAAUACAACGGAUGCCACGCAUGGGCAAAACUGAGGAAGACUGAAACGGAUUGAAAUUAGGGUUUUUGAAAACUGUUCAGCCUAACAGUUUUUCAAAGUUGAUCUCUGCUUUUUGCAACUUCAAAAAUAAUGCUCAGGAGACAUAUCUGUUUGUCUCGAAUCUCUGAUUUUGUCAUUUCCAUGUAAUUUCUUUGCUUACUUUAAGUUCCAUAGCGAUUGAGGGCGAUUAAUUGGCAAAAUGAAACAAAAUGAACUGGACUGCCGUGAUACAGCCCCUUUGAGUUCAUUGUUUUUCUAAGAAAUUUGAAAGAAUGGCAGAAGAGAUCAUGGACAUAUGUCUGCGAGUGCUAAAAGAAAGCAACAAAAGUAGGUUUGACAGCUACAGUGUCAGGAAAAGUGUAUUGAACAUAUCCCAUAUUACCUUUCGGGAUUGUCUUGUGCACAUUUUUCCGAUAACCUUUCUCGAAAUAGCUGUUUUCAAAUUCCACAGACGUAGUUGCAAGCUCUCCUUCCUUUUCCCGCCCCACCGCCAGAGCGCCCCGGAGAACUUGCUCGCAGGCUGGACCGUAAACUGCCGAUUAUAAACCUCCCCACUCAUAAGCGCCCCCCCCCCCCCCCCCCCCCCCCUCCAGAAACAGGUCCCUCUCCCCAUCAACAAAAAAACACCUCCCAAUCUAAUUCCCCGCUAAUUAACCCCCCUUCCCUCCCCCCCCCCCCCCCCCUUCCUUUUUUUUUUUUUUUUAUCCUAUUUUUUUUUUUUUUUUUUUUUUUUAUUUUUUAAGAAAUAAAAAAAAAAUUUUUUUUAAGCUAACCAAAAUAAUUGAAUUUUUUUUUUUUUAGUCGCCUCUUUUUUUUUUUUUUACUCUACUAUUUUUUUUAUCUCCCUCUCUCAUGAUGUUGGCGGUGGGGUGUCCGCCCUCCGUGAAGAUGACUACCGCACAGGUUGUCGAAACGUCAGUCACUGUCAACAACAACAGUCCUAUUCAGGACUACGUUCACCCGGACGAUCAAACUCAACCUUUUGAAAUGACUCCUGGGUUCAAACCUUUCACAGUGAACGUUGUACUAAUUUUUAAACUUUCGAAGUGGACAGCAAGUAUCACCUUAAUAGCUAAAUUUGAAACGCCUUCCGUCGCGUCGGUCAUUUAAAAAAUAUUUUUGUUAGAAACCAUGAGAGUAGCGCCUGAAAAACCAUUGCUCCGCAUGUUAGUGGUUUUAAAUCGCUCGGCCGUAAGGAAAUUUUGUUCUUAUUCAAAGAAUGACUUACAAGAUGUUAGCAAAACGACUUAUAAAACGUUUGCGAAACGGCUUAUAACACGUUGGCGAAACGACCUAACAUGUAAGCGAACGGGAUGUGGGCGAAAGGACUCGUAGGCGAAACGACCGGUCACCGUUUAGAAGCCCUGCUAAAACUCCUCACGAAGAUGAAUAAGCCCGGUAUUUAGAAGCGGCGGUUUAGGGUUUCUUUCGUUUGUUUGUUUUCAAACGCGUUUCAAAAUGUUUCCUCAUCGCCCAGAAUUCUAUUUUCAUUAGCGACAUGUACUUACAGCAACCAGUUCGUCAAUGCACGGAAAAACGAUUAAAUGAAUUAACCUUUCGGAGUCGCGAUUCGGAAUGCCGACGAGUCUCUGCAAACUCGGAAUCGGUGGCUGUCAUUUAAACUGGUUGAUGCGUGUAGCUUGAAUCUUAAGGUGUGAUAAGCGGGCAAUGGCACACUAAAAAGGCGGGUCGCGCCGUUAUUUGUGUGCAACUAGAUUCUUUCUUUCUUUCUUUUUUAGAUGUUACACUUGUAAAGUAAAGUAAAUGACAUUUUUCUUUCUUCCGUAAAACAGGUUACAGAAACUGUCAGCUUGUGAUAACGAGCUGAUAUCCAUCCCCGCAUCAGUACUGCAAAUCCCAACAUUGGUAAAGCUCCACUUGGCGCGUAAUAAAAUCGCAUCCUUGUGUGACAACCACGAUGACAGUGAAGAAAUUUCCAGCACACCUGACAGUGAGACAUGGGGCUGUACUGCUCUGAAGGUGCUCAAUCUGUCGGACAAUAAUCUGCAGCAUUUACCCAGUGGAAUCCAGGGCGCUACCGCAUUAACAAAGCUAUUGCUUGAUCGUAAUGACCUGAAAAAUUUUCCAAUGCCUUGGAAGUGUCCCUUGGUAAGUAUGAAGGAGCAAUUUACAAAUAAGAGCAUUUGUGUGAUAACGCUAUACGAGAAAAGACGUUUGUGAAAGAGUUUUGCUUUAGUGGUGAAACAGGCGUUUCCGAAAAAAAAUUCCGAGUUCUCCCGACAAGAGACGAACCUAUGACCUUCUGGUGACUAGUUUAGACGCUCUACCACCAAGCUAUAGGAGACCCGUGGAAGUUGAAGACACUAACUACUAUACAUUCAUGUCAUUGCGACAAACAACUUGUCAGCUACUUCUAGGACAGAGAUGUCGGAAGUAGACAUACUUUUAAAGCCCCCUGGAGGCUUCUAUUUUAAGCACGUUUGAAGGUUGGAGGGCUUAACAGAGAGAGGAGGCUUAUUUAAUUUAGUGUAACUGGGCGCUUUUUCAAAAAACCAGAAGAGCAGCGUAGAUAAGGCAUAUAUAGUGCAGAGACUAAUAAUGCACAAAUCGUCAGAUAUGUCAUUCCAAUAAUUGUCCGAAAUCGCAAUGGAAGUUAGCCCUCUUUUAACUUAGCUAGGCCCGUUUCAAACGUCGUGCUACUGACGUGCCGAACUAAUUUGACUGAAUUCAAUUCGACUUUAGCACGGCAGUAGCUCGGCUUGGUUUCAAACGUGGCAGUACUGCCGUGCCGAACUCAAUUCUUAAAUUAUAAAUACAUUAGAAUACAUUUAAAAGUUUGCUAAAGCAUUUCUUUAUUUUAGUGUUUUGUUUUCGGCAACAGCCGUUCCGUAUUCGACUGAAUUUUAAAUUCGACGUCUUAAACCAAGUCGUGCUAGUGUCGUGCUGCAGUCUAGCCAGCUUAGCACGGCAGUAGCACGACGUUUGAAACAGGCCUUAGUGCGCGCCUUUUGUGCGUGAGGUCCAGAGUUCAAUUCCCAGGGGUGACUUCAAGUUUCCGGAAUCUUUGUCAGUGUAACUUGGAUCUCUCUAUUCUCACACUUUGUUUUCACUUUCGCUCCAGGAAUUUUGUUUGACCGCUUCCGCGGACUUCUCUUACACAAAAUACGGGCUUUUUUGCAGUCUAACGGCGCUUCCCAAAAGUCAGAAUUGACUAGCUCGACCAUUGCCGGACUAGUCAUUUUGAAAAUGAAUUAGGCUUUUACCAACAGUUUUUGCUUUAAAACCAUCUCUUCGUGCCCAUUUUUGUAAGGAUUUGACUAAUCAGGCUGGAUAGUUUUGGUUAAAAUUGAUUUUUUUUUAUUACGACGGGAAUGGUCUGGCCGGUCAGUUCUGUCAAAUGGAAAGCACCAGACUCUCGUUUCUUGCUUGUCAAGCUAAAGGAUGAUGCUUUCCAUUUUGCGAUGACAGGAAACCCUGGAUCUUUCCCACAACAACUUCACGCACUUUUCCUGCAAUAUGGAAUUGGUCUGGGCGAGUUCUCUGAAGCGUCUGAAUCUUUCGCAUAACAAACUGGGCACCAUUUCGUGGAAUAUCUGCCAGCUGACUUGUCUUCAAGACCUGGAUGUGAGUCACAAUUGCCUCCGGCGACUUCCAAAUGAAGAGUUUUGGACAUGUACUACUCUGCAUAAAUUAAACCUUUCACAUAACAAAGUAAGUUCUAAACGAGUGAAAAACUGGGUACGAAAUGCGACCUCAAAGCUUCUUGGGAUCGUUUGGAGGGACAGCAUAAAGGCUAACAAACAUGACUUACUACAAGUGUGUUUUUUCUGUCCCUUUGAACAAUCCCUAGAGCCUUUGCGUUCAUAAGUAGUACCAGAUGCCGACGAUUGACUAUUUUGAGUUUGCGAGGGGACUGGGUCGAUGUUAUGUAGAAUUGCAUCAUGGGACUGUUUAGGGGAACAAAAUUUUGAGCACGCUAAAGGCCCAAACGGGCGGAGCUUAUCCCUAUUUCCUUAACAUGAAGCAUGCUUAAGAUUAUUGCUACUCCCCCCUGGACGGGAUGCUAGUCCAUCGCAGGGUUACGCCCCAGCAGUAUGUUACUAGUACCCAUUUACACACCUGGGUGAAGAGAAACAAAGUGGAGUAAAGUUCCUUGUCUAGGGAAACAACGCGACGGGCGAGGCUUGAACCCCGGACCUCCUGAUCCGGAGUUCAAGGUGUUGACCGCACACGCACACGCACACCCAUACGCACACGACUCUAUUAUAAUGUCCCAGAGCAAUCAGUCCUUUAAAGCAAUUCUAAACAGCAGAAACCCUGUCUCACAAUCCACCACAAAAUGGGCAAUAAUUAGUGUUACGUUGUCCCUGGUAGAAGGGUCACUCGCCUAUCCGCCCUAUGGCCAAUAAAUACUGUUACGUGGGUCACUCGCCUACCUGCGCUACCCUGGGCGAGCCAGCUUCUCGUACAUUUCCAAACUCUGAACGCGGGAAACCGUUUAAAUGAGAAAGAAAGAGUUGGCUCGGCUAGAAGGGUAACCUGCCUAGCCGGGUCAACCUUUUUUGAUGGUAGGAUCGCCUUCCGCUAAGAAGCCGAACGAGCGCUGUACAUGUAUAUGCUUCGUUCUCUGCGACAGCCAUGAUACAAAAAAGUGCGAUACGCAUGUAUAUACCUCGUUCUUUCAGCCACUGAUCAGGCGAAAGCCGUCAGCUAACUGACCCAACACCUAAGCGAAGCGACCUCAGAAGUUAGCGAACAGGACGUUGGCGAGACGACUUGUAGGCGAAACGACCGUAAACCUUUCUCCGUUAUGGACACUUUGGCUCGCCUAUCCAGGUCAGCUCGGUGAAAGCGACAAUCGGAGCAUGCGCUGGCUCGGGCAAAGGGGACAACUUUGUUGUUGUUGUUGUUGUUGUUGUUGUUGUUGUUGUUGUUGUUCAUAUACAUAAACACUCGCUAAAGUUGACUAGGCUGGGAGGGUGACUCCUUUUCCCGGGACAACUUUUCUUCAUACAGACGGGGACUUACUAACAGUCAGGACCGUUUUUCGUUUUGUUGUUGUGUUUAAUUUUGUUAUGAUUUGGUGCAGCUUUCUGCCAAGCCACUGAUAGAUUCACAGACGGGAACACCGAGGCGGUUUCAGUUUUUCAAGAGUUCCAGCCAGGAAGACGCUCAAGAUGUCAAGACUGAUUGUGAGGUUCCCGUCUCACUGUUCUCUCCUACGCUGGAAACGCUUCUUCUAAACGAUAACAUCUUACACGUAGUUCCUUUAAGUGUCUGCCGACUGCUGAGUCUCAUAGAACUGGAUUUAAGCAAGUAAGAGGGCCGUUCUUUUCGUUGCCUUUUUUAGCCCAUAGAGAAUUUAAGAUGAAAGAAUACGGUUAAAGAGCUAUAGUUGGACUAGGAAAUUCUUGGGGACUAGGAAGGAAACCAAAAAGAAAAGCGACGCAGUCCCCGAGAGAAAAUGUACCACGGGUUGUUAUAAGCCCGUCAAGGUUGUGACUCAUGUGCACGGUCGAUUUUUGAGAUUCUGGUCUUAGUUUUUGCAUUAGAGUUGUCUCUGAGAAAACGAAUUAAGAUAAUCUGUGUAAAGAAAGUGGAAUGUAAAGGUUGGGAUAUUCUUACAGAGGCCUAGGAAAUGAGAAGUCACUUAAUUUAUUGAUUGUGUUCGCAUAAUCUUCUACAUUAUCAAUUCACGAGUUGGCUCGAAGAGCCCUUUGAUUCGGAACCAGCGCUUGCGUUGUUAUUAACUUCAGCCUCGUUCCCAGUCGUCCUCGGCGAUUUAUCGGAUGUGACUUGACGUCGCCUGUCAAGCAUGUCGGAAGAAUUCGCCGAGGACGCCUCGCGCUAUCGCGCUCGGUUUCAAGCCUCCUCUGCUCACUCUGAUCGCGCAAACUGGCCUGGGAAGGAGGCUGAAUUAACCUGUUUUGUUAUAUUUUGUUACAGCAAUCCAGAAUUACGAACACUUCCUCCUGAGCUUGGUAAUUUACGUGAGUGCUGGCAGCUUCGGCUCACCAAGUUAACCCUUCCCGGCAUUCCUAAACACGUGAGACCAGGUGAGCUGACAACUGAAUCAAAGCUACGGUAAAACGUGCAACAAAAACUGCAUUUUGUUUCGAAACAUUGCUGCAAGACGAAUUCAGAAGUGAUGUUGCGCGUUUAACUACCUCCGUUCAAACCUGUCUUGCAACAAAUCAAGUUGCUGCAGCUUGCGUGAAUACUGACUUCUGAUUGGAUAAAAUUACGUGGGAGUCACGCCGUACGUGGGAGAUAUGUCACUUGUUGCAGAACAAGUUUGCGUUGGACCACAUCAACACCUUGAAGGAGACUUCAAUAAGCGACAAAAUUAAGUGAUACAAUUUGCCCUAAUGGCCUUUCUGACGUUUUCCCGACUUCUAAAGAAGAAUGAAACUUUCCCUUCCCCACCUCUCCAUGUAAUGUUGUGCCGCUUUUCGAGCUACCUAUGAGAAAGAACAAUCACUCCAACUUUCAAUGGAGGGGAUGGGCGAGUGUUUUGUUCUCCAAAUUUACCCCAUUUGAGGAUAUUAACCCAAUAGUUUUGUCGCCGAUUGUUGAUUUUCUUUGAAACAUUUUUUUUACGACAAAUAUUCUAAAACUACCCAGCUCCCUAAACUUGCAUUUUGUUUUUAGGAGAAAAUGGCGUUCGACCUAAAGACACACUGGCGUACCUAAGAGCCACGUUGCGAAAGGCAGUUCCGUAUUACCGGAUGAAACUUAUGGUAGUCGGGUUACAAGUAAGUAAAAGUUCGGGCAGCGUGCUAAUAUUAUGGCCCAUCCACGCGACAAUGACAAAAUGUGUUCAGGUAGCGUGCUAAUUAUGGCCCAUCCACGAGACAAUGGUAAAAUGUGUUUAGGUAGCGUGCUAGUUAGGGCCCAUCCACGCGACAAUGACAAAAUGUGUUGUCUCUUUUAACAAAAAGUCAUAAUUUUGUAGUUGCCAAAUUUUUUAAUUUACGAAUAUCGUCGCACCGAAAGCAUCAGCUCCAAAGGUGCUUUUGAAGUUGAUUGAUUGACGGGUUUACAGUUAUUGCAAUCAUCUCUCGCCUUACUUUGGUAUCACGAACACGAGCAAAAUCUCCUGCAAAAAAAUUGUGGUAGUUUCACUGAAACAAACUCCCGCCAUGAGGUGAUUUGGUGAUAAAGAACUCUGGUGAUAAAGGACGUAACGCGACGGCACAAUUUUAUUGUUCUAGGUCUGACUAAGGGGCCAUGAACGGCAUCUUUCAACGCUUAGACAGCAGUAAGAUCUUCGUUUUCCGUUUUUAUCAUCCAAUUUCUUCUUUUAGUUAGGUUAAGGCUUUUUCUGUUGCGCGUCAGUGUUAGGAAGGUUUUUAGAUUUGUUUUGGCUCAUUGUGCUUCACUCGCUUGUAACACUGGUUGUACCUUUUUCCAGGGUCGUGGGAAGACCACACUGUUAUCGGCUCUGAAAGGCCAGAAGCUGCCUCCCAAUCUGUCUACUGUUGGUAUUGUAAUUAAUGAGUGGCAAGUGCAGAUAUCGUCCUCUUCUAGGUUCACUCUGCCUCGCUUUCUUGCACAGGUAUGUGAUGGAAGCCAGGGAACCCUGUGUCAUUAUUUCUUAAUGUUGGUCAACGUCAUCAGUUUGUAUUAUUUACUUGCUUGUGCAAUUUUUGCAAGACUGUGCGCGAGCGGAAGUGAAGGAGCUGUUCCGUCGUAGCAUCUGCUUUAUAGAGGGUGGAAUUUGUAGGGGGAGAGAUAUAGGCUGAGUUAGCAAUAGAACGGGAAAGUCAGUUGACGACGGCGCGCGCAAAUCAAACAACUGGCUUGACCAAACGGGGUGAAACAGCAAAAAAUCGGCGAGCAGUGCUCUUUCCCCUCGCCAGACUCCCUUCAGUUCGGCUCGCUAUCGCUCGACGAUUUUUCGCUUUUUUUGCCCAGUGCGAAGCCGGGUUCCAGGCUCUCUCAGAUCUGAAUCGGGGGGCAAUACGAACCAGCUGUGCAAUGUCUCGAUCACUUGCAAUUGGGGUCCACUUCUUCUUUAAUCCAGUACAAGUACCACUGUGACUGAUGUUACGGUUAGCGUUGUCUUUGAUAGAGGUUACAGAGGGUAUAGUCUUCUUUCUGUUUGUUUCUCUUUUAGAGUGAUGCGCCUUCGAUAACAUUCAGUACAUGGGAUCUGGCAGGACAGAAUGUUUAUUACGCAGCGCAUCAAAUGUUUCUAUCGCCCAACACGCUUUACCUGGCUGUGUGGAACGUUACGCAUGGAGAGGAAGGAGUAGAAAGCCUCAGACGCUGGCUUCUUAAUAUACAGGUAAAAAAAACUCGUGAACCCUUCAAGGGGCUUGUCGCUGAGACCAAUACUUAAUACAAGUGAUCAAGUCUUUCUAAAACUAGUAAAAGUCGUUGCGAAAAAAUUAUCCACGCUACAUUUUUUUAACAAUGUCUUUAGUAAGGUAUAUACAUGCUCAGCGCUCGUUUCGCUUCUUAAAAGGAGUGACAUUAGACGUUAGCGAACAGGGAAUUAGCGAAACGACCGGUCACCACGUUGACUUAGCGGGUGUUUACAUGACACUGGCGCGACUUUCGCCCCGGAGCGAGUUCACUCCGGUUCCCUCUCAUGGCUGUACAUUUGUUUACAUGAUACCACCACAAAAUGUUAUGCCGGCGCGAGUCACCCCGGCCUGAGUUCACCACAGUUGUUGUACCGGGGCGAGAAUUUCACUCCGGUACGAAAUCUCGCAACGGUAUCAUGUAAACGCGAAAAGACCACAUGUGUCGGUGUGAAAUCAGUCUGCGGGUGGACUGGAACGGGUAGCGCAUGCGUAAUGUUUGCAAUUUUUAAUCACACGUAUAUUUCAUUGACAUUAAGUGUACCCUCAAAUAAUGAUAUAUGAAAUGACCCAGUCAUCAUGUAAACGGGAUACAAAAUCAAAAAGACAUCCCGGUAUGAAACUCGCGCCGAUGCGAGUUUUCUCAUGGAAACACACCCUUAGCCAACUUUGGAAUGAAAAGAACUUGCAGGACUGAAAUCGUGGCAUGAAAGGUUCUCUCUUAAUCGCCACUUACGUGAGUUCCAGUUUAAGUAAGGUUCUCAAUUUUUACCAUAAAUUUUCUUGGUCUUCUACGCUGUUUUUGCCAGUUGUAUGUCAGCGUUUGUCUUAAUCAAUCACAAUUUUGUCGUCAAUACAACCAAAUUAGAAAACGUGCCCCAUACGUUUUCCGCAAUAAAAAGGGAUGCUUACUUGAAAAAUAAAAAAUGCUCUCUUUUCCAGGCACGCGCGCCCUUUUCCGAAGUGUUAAUCGUCGGAACGCACGUCGACUUACUCCCGAAGAACAACCGACAAGCUCGCGCAGACGCACUCAAGCACAGCAUUGUUAAGAAAUACCUGGAUAACCAAGGAUUCCCGAAAAUUGUCGGAAAUAUCAUGGUGUCUCCGGUAACUGGUGAGAACAUCCCCGAGUUGAAGGAGAUGAUAUACAGCAAGGCGCUCAAGGUUAAGGACAACGGAGAAAACAUAAUUGGUCGAAGGGUGAGUUGGACGCGGAACCCCCCCCCCCCCCCCCCAUUUUUUUUUUGGUUCCCUCUUGAAAUAUUUUUUUUUUGCUGAAAAAACAAACUCCUCUAAUAGAAUUUGAGAUUUUUUUCUCUUUUUCUUUUAAACACCUUAUAAUAUAUUUUAUUUUUUUUUUUUUUUUACAAUAACAACGAUAACUUUUUUAAUCUUCGUCCGACCACUCUGUUCUGCGUAAGUCCUCAAUUAAUGACAAAUUCUACUUUUUAUAUAAAUAUGAGGGGUGUCCCCGGGACAAGUAGAAAAAUCCCCGGGAUUGAGGAGAAGAUAAACGAGCAGGCGGCAGAGUAGGAAGGAACAGGAGAAAACAUUAUUUGGCAAAGGGGGGGUUGGGAGCCGGCCCCCCCCCCCCCCCCCCAAUUUUAUUGCGGUUCCACUAUGACAAUAUUUGUUCAUUGGGAAGCAAACAGAUCACGCAUAUGAUAUCCGCGUGUAUGUCUCACUUCUUUUUGCAAACUCUAAUUACUAAAUUUUUUUCUUUUUUGUUUACGAGAAUAAUACUACGCAUAUUGUAAUCUCGUACCCAGAGAUCUGGGUACGAGAUUACCCACAUCGUGAAAUCUCGACUCUUUUAUACAUGUAUAUUAAAUCAAGAGCACAUUGGGAUAUAGAUAGAUUCUAUAGAGCAAACGCAAUGGAAAAAUGUAGUCUCGGAAUAAAGGCCGGCAUUAUAGAGAUGUAAGUAGGUUACUCUUUAUCAUACCAGAUUUUGUACAAAUAAUGAAAAUCAAAACGACUCUUGCUUGAGCUUUUGUUAUUGUUACUUCAUUCGUGAGGUUUAAUUUUAAUAGUUUUAUAUACUAGUCUACUCUCUGUGUUGUCACGCAACGCUUCUUUGGGAGAAGCGUUGCGUGACGUCUAAACAAAAAACGACUGUGUAGAGCGUGAGGAUACAAUGUCACGAUGAACAAAGUCAUUUUUUCACGAUGGCGUGAGCUUUCGUUGUAGAAAAACUUGGAACAAGGGUGACGUUAUCUCUGAUUUGUCUUGUUGAUCUGUCUUCAUACAGGUACCGCAAAGCUACAUUGAUUUGCAGCAAGCUGUUAUUCAGGAAGCCGAGCGAAGACGAUCGACUGGUGAACCGCCCAUUCUUCUAGAAGACGAAAUCCUUCAACUCGCCAAAUCCAGUCCCCAGAAUGACAUUCUGGACACUGAGGAGUUGACUUUAGGUAGGCUCAGUCAAGUUUCGGAAAAGGGAAUAUUUACAAAAACACAUUUUGUGUUUGGGUGCUCAUCUCGUUGAAGCCUUUGACUUGGUUCCUGAAAGGCCGAUUCGCCGUUAUACACAAUUGCAUUUACCUUCUUAUUUAUUGCUUAGAUUGUCAUUGACUUGUGUUGUCAUAACUUGAGCUCAACAAUAGCUUCGAUUACAUGCUUCUAGAUAGAGCGAUUUUCGUAUGACCUUGAAAUGAAAACACGCGAACAAAACAGAAACAACAAACGAAUGGAAAUAGAGCGAUUUGAUUGGUUUAACGAACGGAUACAAACGCACGUGCCUUUUGGUUGGUUAAGCGAACGCUCGAGUGAAAAAACCUCAUGCCCGAGAACUUUCUAGAAAUUCACUGAUACUUCGCUUUGACGUCAUACUGCAACACGGUUGGCCAAUCGAACAAUGCCUCCUCCAUAUUAGGGUUUUCUUUGGCGGGAAAACGAAGAGGCCGUAUUUUGAUCUUUUUGUCCAUUGGUUGAUAAAACAAAUAACGAAAACUUACCGAAACCAUUGUUCAAGGUCAUACGAAAAUCACUCUCGCAACACUUUGCUUCAAAGUUUACCUAACCCUGCAUAGCUAACAACUGUUAAGUUAUGUUCACAUUUGAUGCCCGAGAACUAGCGCCCGAGUGGGUGACGGCACUGACAGAAAACACUAACUGACAGAAAACGCGAGCAAACAGGGACCCGCGCUAACUUUAGAGCCAUGUUACAAGGUCUUGACCUCGUAGUCGGGCACCACAUCGUGCUCGAAUUCUGGCGUGGAUACUUGAUAAAAGGGUGUGUUCACAUUAGUGCCCAGCGAGUACCGUAUUCGGGCACCGUGCCAGGACACCAAAUGUGAACAUAACCCUUAUCUCUGGAAGAAAUGUGUCAGAAUGUCUUUGCAUGAAUUUUUUUCUACCGUUUCUUUUCUCCAGCUACAAGGUUUUUGCACGAAAACGGAGUCCUUCUUCACUACAAUGACCAGCUGCGCGGCUUGAACCAUCUUUACUUCAUCGAUCCUUCUUGGGUGUGUGACCUGAUCGCUACUCUUGUCACCAUCCGAGAGAGAAAUCCUUUCAUUGUGGACGGCGUCAUGAAGAUGAAAGAUCUGGAAUUAGUGUUAAGAGAUCCUAAGUUUCCCGAACAAUUUAUACCGCAGGUAAUGUUUAUCAGUCGACUUAAAGUGCGAUCAAUCUGUCAUUGAUCCCCCCCCAUUCCCCCCUCCUAUCUGCCCGUUCACCGGCGUGAGGGGACCAGGCGUACCACAAAAUUAUAAAAUAUAAUAAUAAUCUAGGUUCUUGUUUCUUCGUUACUGAAUCCAAUGACUGUUAAAGGUCAUAGAUCUACACAAAGAUGUUCGGCAUGUUAAUGAACUUUCUGCCUAAAACCUGCGGACUAAGCAUGCGUCGAUGGAUAGCAUUCUUACCAAAAUGACCUUAAAAACUUUUUUCAAUGUCCUGAAACAUCAGAUUUACAACUCUGCAAAACUUCCUUAAAAAGGUUAAUACAUAGUUUAUUGAUUAGCAGAAGCGUUUAUAAACAGAGCGCAGCAGAGAAGACUUCGUAAAAUCCGAACUGCGAACUUUCUCGAAAACAUCUCUUGAAGAUCCAUUCCCCGUGGUCCUCCGGGAUUCAAUGCUUGUUUGAAUAAUUGUUGGGCCCUUCAUGUUUUCGCGAGGAGAAUUGGGGCUAAAAUUCAAGCCGUGUUUUACACUCCUUAAGCACAUUAAUAGACCUUUCGACGGUUUUUCAACUUUUGACAUGGACAAGUUAGGGAAAAUCCGUCAACUCCACCGGAAAGAGCGCCUUUGCCAAGUUUGAGCGUGAUUUGCUGAAAACUAACAAAGAUAUAGCUCUAAUCUCGUACCCAGAUCUCUUGUUGACGAAGCUGAAGGAGAGAUCUGGUACCGUGAUUGCCUGUCAGGAAUGUAACAGGCGAUGAAAGAGCGCAUGCUAGAAAAUAUAUAGAUUGAGCCAGGGUUAAAGCGUAGCUCUAGUCAUUAAUUUAUAAUUUAAAUCAAACAAUAAACUUGUAAUCCACAAAUCGGUGAACUGGGGAGAUCCAUAUGACGUUUAAGGGUGGGGCUGGGUGACUUAAAAGAAAAAAUAAUUUGCAAAAAGUGCAAAAAUGAAGCAACAUCUAAAAUCUUACAUCGGGUUAAUAGUCUCAUUUGUACACCUAAUAAAUAGAGAUCACCUUUGGCCACAGUAGAUUAGGCGUUGAAAACAAAUCCCCCUCGGCUUCGUCAAUAUUAUAAGAGAUCUGGAUACGAGAUUUAUACAGUUCCUCAAAGUCGCGAAAUUUUACACCGACGUUUGUGUGCCCCUCGCCAUACAAACGUCUGUAAAUUUUCGCGUUUUUCCGGAGCUAUAUCUUCGCUUGCUUAGGAGGUAUCACUUUCAAAUUUGGCAAUUGUACUAAUUUUACGGUGCGAGCAAUUCCCAUACUAGGCCUAUGUCAGGGGCGUGUUCACGGACCAGAGACAAUUUAGGACAUUUUUCCCCGCGAAAAUAGAAUCUCCACCAUGUCUAUGAGCGCAAAAAGGAAAACUAAACGUUGUUAAAAGGCAAAACAUAUAUUUUUUCAGGUCUGUAGGUUUUGCUGACUGGUUUGUGGAAUUUAAAAGAUAUUUAAGAUUCGCGCCAAAACAGUUCUAAAAAUAAACUGGUCGGUGAAAAGGCCUUGAUACUAGCGCAUGGAAGUUGCUCGCUCCUAGUUAUGGGCUCCUGUUUUAAGGCGCCCUUUCUAUUGGCGACGGAUGUUCCCUAACUUGUCCUUGUCCAAAGUUGAAGAAACCGUGCCAGGUUCUAUUCCCUUAAUGCUGUACGAACUAUUAAUUGUGAUUGUAAAUUAUCUUGCAGUACCUUCAACUUAUGGAACGUUUUGAGAUCGCUCUGUCCUUGGACGAUGAACAGCUUUUAAUUCCUUCUAUGCUGCCAAAGGAAAAACCUGGAAUGCAACUUCACCAACUUCAGAAGCUCAUUAGAAGAAGGGCCAACGCAAAGGUAUGCAAGUUCACAGCAAUAUGAAUUUUCUUGCAUCUUUGCACAGUUAGGACGCGUUGGCACAGUAGUCAAGUCCUUUCACUUCAGUUCUAGGGUUCCCUUCUUUUCGUGACUGUGUCAUGACAUUUUUAUCCCUUACAAUAAAAGAAACUGCCUCAAGUUAUCCAAAUUCUUAGAUCUUAAUCCGUCACCGAGAUUAAUACGCAUAUCAGAUAUUGUUUAAGGGUAGUAUUUUGAUUUAUAGAGUGGCGUCUUGUUUUUGUCUUUGAUACUGAAGUUUAUUGAAGUCCAUAGAAGUCACAACUUCAGUUCAAUUCAAACAUACAUGUACAUACAAACAUUUUCUGCUCGCACAUACCUUGGCUUAUCGAGGCAGAGGAAAACAUGAAGUAUUUUGCUAGGAAGAAGUUAACAAAAUGAAAGGAAAAGGGAGAUAGAUCUAUGUAAAUGACACAAGAAGAUGAACUCAAGUUAUUAUAACAGCAAGAUGAACUGGCAGUAACUUUAGCUGCUGUUACGGGUACCCUGUUUUCCGUUGUUAGUAAAUGUAUGGGGCGCGGGUGAGGACAAGGCUUUGCCAGCGGGAGAAAAAGAUUAAGGGUACUGAAUGAAAAACGGAUUAUUAUAAAAUUAAAGAAAAGGUAUGUAGCUCAACAAAGAGUAUAUAUGAAAUGUAUAAAAAAUGAAAUGGAAAGAAGGAACUAUUUUAGUUGUGGGCAACGAGAGGAGCCUGCAAUCCUAAUCUCCAGGUUGUUAUGACGCAUACGUCACAUGAAUGUUUGGACUUCCACUAAGAAUGAAUGGAACGCACAGAACGCAAUUUGAUCAUGCGCGUUUGGACUUUCUAUCACUCGUAACCUGAUCACGCGUGUUAACUAUCUGUCACGUGAAACUUACGCUAAGCACAACGAUGGAGCAAAAGCGUUUUAACCUUCGAUCGUCGUCGCCCGCACUCCGUAACGUUUGGUUAUGACUAGUCUUAAAAAUACUACGAAUGUUCAUAUGGAAGAGGGAAAGAUCAGUCUCAAUACUACAAAUAAAUUUCGGCGACUUUGUUGUUGUUGUUGUUCGGCUAAAAGGUUGUUCAAGCUAUCUUCCGUAUAGUGGGAUAUCCCUUGGAUAGAUUAUCAACCUUUCCCGUAGGGGUGGGGGUGGGGGGAGAGAGUUGGGGUAGUAAAAUUCCAAGGUGCUCUGUGUCAUAAGACGCCGGGAUAAUCUCCGGCCAAAUGAAAAACAGUCUUGCGCGGCUCAUGAUGCGUUUUUUUCGUCUUUGUACAGAGUGAGGCAAAGAAUGAUCGCGACUGUUCAAGCACCCAUCCAACCGACGGCAAAGAAAUCACCACCGUGCGCAGGAACUACCAAAUGGCCUACACCCCGAGCGGCUUCUGGAGCCGGCUGAUCACCAGGCUGAUAGUUUCAGUGCAAAGAUGGCGGACAAUUGAGCAAAUAAAGGAAGAGAGCUAUUCUUUGGUUUACUGGCGAGAAGGAAUUGGAGUUGUGUACGAAGGAGGUUAUUUCCAAGUGGAGUCAUAUCAGGAGUUGGUAGGUUGCGUGAUGAUUUUGUGUUUCUCGUGUUGUGUGACCCUGUUUGGUGGGUAUAAGCUCUUAGGGCAACGAUUUCUGGGGUCGACUUUGGAAGUCAGUCCUAUUCUAGAGCCAAACGAUUGUAAACUGAAGGAUACAAAACUGAAACAAUUUUAUCAGAAGUCAAAGCUUGUUCUUUAUCUAAUGAUGAUCAAACAAAGGUGAUUAUGAAAUCUUUACUUUGGAUAACUAUCUUUUUUAGAUAACAUUAGUUACUUCUGCCUCGUACCGAAGCGCUUCUUGGGAGUAUUUCGGCGUCAAAGCAAGAAGGAUCAUGGGACAGGCGCAGCCGAAAAACCCAAGAAGAACCUGAGCACUCUGUCCUCCGCAGAAGCCUUUUUGUGUCGCAAGGAGGCUGGGGAGAGGGAAAAAAGAAAGCGCGCGGGGAACAACCGGAUCGUCCCCAGCGCGCUUAUUGUUAUUAGUGAGUUUGCGCAACAGGUCGUCUCGAAGAAGAGGACGGCAAGAUGCUUGUGUGUGAUAAACUUGACAGGGCUAUUACCUGCGUGUUUCGUCGUGAUAUUCACUGAACAUUAAUGUUUUCUGGUCUUUAUCAAAAAGAUCUGUCUAAAGAUAAGUGGAGUUUGGCAAAAAUUUAUUUCAAACAAACUUAUUGUCACGCUUGUCACACAAGGUUCGCCGUCUUCUUUCUUCUCCCGUCCUGUUGCGUUAAGUUCGCAAAAAAAAAAAAAACGGGAAUACUUAAUUGUCUGUUCGUUUAUUUGCUUUUACUUUUUAGAUCCCCAUCAAUCAGGGAAAUAAGGUGGCAUUUCAGGAAAUCAGCGGUAUAGCCAUCACUGUUUGGUCGGAGCAAAAUGACUUUGCUGCAAUUGGAUUCAUUGUCGACCAAAUUGAUGCUCUGAUAACCGAAUGGUAUCCAGGUGAAUAUGAAAGUCGAAAUUCUCCUUUCUUGUCCGUAUACAGUUCUCUUGUAAGUAAGCGGGAAAAGACCCUAACCUUCCUCACCUAAGCGUGUCCAAGUUCAAAUUUUGACGAAAGAGAAGUCCCAAACUUCAUUUUUCCAAAUACUGAAACAGUUAUAGUGCCAUGCGAAAAUACUGGCAAAAAUGUUUCAACUGAGUGUACUCAUCACUACGUUGUCGUAAUAAACACGACCACAUUAACGCACUGCUCUCUAGCUUUCGUUUGCAUGUCCACAGUGUACGAUUUGAUCAAGGAUAAAACGUUAGAAGCAUUCACAAUGUACUGCAUAAUUGGCUACCUUAAGUAUGAGAUCGAGUCGGUGUUGUACCUUGCAAAUUUGAGGAGGUGAUCCCACCUCUUAGUAGGUCAAAGUUUGCUUUGGAUUCGAUGUCAUAGAAAUGUUUGAGGUUUUUUAGAAAAAAGGCUUCUGUCUUGAUAUGUUCCAAUUCUCGCGAGGAAAAUUAUUUCAAAGCCAUUAACACAAACAAUUGCUCGAUGGUUUUUAACGAUUUAAGGUACGGUCUUGCUAUACAAAACGGCUUUUUUAUUCCUUUUGUUAACUUAGGUCUAGACGAGACAGACAUGUACGGAUUGCCGUUGGUUCGGCGCUUAAUCCCAUGUCCACUCUGCAACGAGUUGAUGAUGUCACAUCGCCCGUCAAUGAAGCGUUCCGUUUCCAUGGAGUUUCCUGCCUCUUUUCACCCCUUGCAUCCUCCGCGGCCACACAAUUUCACGCUUCCGACAUGCGCAGCAACGGCUCUUACUUUCUCCACAAUAAACUGUCCCUACCACCCUGACAGAGUGGUGUCGCUUCAAUACCUUAUUCCUGAUUUGAUGAUGGCAGAUCUACCGCGCCAUUUCCUGGUUGAUCACAGCCAGUUCAAGUUUGAAGCGCUCGAAUCACAGAGGAUCGGAAGUGGGGGCUCGGGAGAGGUUUAUCGUGGCUUCUACCGGAACGAAGCUGUGGCCGUUAAAACGUUCCACUCUACGAAGCUUACAGGGUAAUUAAGUAAUAGAUACUAAAUCACAUGAAAAGCCUUACUGACCAGCGGACGUUAUGGUUAAAAGGUAAAUUGUUUGGGUGGGGUGGGGUGGGGUAGAGAGGGGACGAGUAGGCGGGGGAAGGAAUUUGUCUUUUGGUUGAUUAACUACCAAUACCGCCAAUACCGAAUUAAUUUUUGGUUAAUCACAACUAUGAGAAGCAAUCACUAGUAUGAUAGGCAAUUAGUAGCUCUGAUUUUAGACAAAAUUGGACUGCACUCGUUUCUGUUGCAGUUACAAUGAAGGCUAAGACAGAAACAGUCAAUGAGGUGUCGUUAAAAUUGAAAAACAAAAACAAAAAAAACUCUGAAGUUUACAAAGCAGUAAUCCUAAAGGAAAGCGACUUUGUAAGGGUACUAACCCAAUUACUGGUAACCGAAUAGCUUACAUUGAAGACCACAAAUAGAGGAAGAAACAAAUGAUCGAAAGAAACAUAACAAGAAAAAAAACCCAACUGGCUAGAGGCAAACCAGUUAGUUGGCUAUUUACAAGCAUGGUCGAGAAGACCCGGGACUACCGACUAUAAAUCCAGCCAGUGGUUAGGGCGGGGCUUUGGCUUGCAAGUUAAUCGCUGCAAUCGCCCUGGACCAGUCAAAUAUGUUAUUUGGAAUUUCAGUUCUUCUCUCUUUCAUUGCUCCGAAUCGAAAACUUGGUACCUCACUACUAUACAGGAGUUAAAACAAAGGCAUUCAAACUCGUUAUGUCAGUCGGAAACGUUUCAUCAAGCGAAAUAUCGCACUUCUGGUUGCUAUUUAAGACGUCUGGGGAGUCAAAACUCGCUAAUCUUAUUUAUGAACCGUUUACAGCCUUUCAUUCACCAGCUUUGGCUAACUUCAGCGAGUAACCAAAAACAGAAGCUAUAGAUAUUCGGUAUUUACCGCGAGCGUUCGCCAAGUAUACAAAUACAAAUUUUUCAUACCGGUUUCCCUAAAUUCCCUUAAAGACUUAGUUAAGAGAAUUUGAAAAGAUCAAAGCAUUUUUCCCGUUGUUGAUCAUUUUAGUAAUUCUCAUAACCUUCUCUCUUAAUAAAAUAGCGACACUGAUUGGAGAAAAUUAAUAUUGGUCACUCUUUGGACCUGAGGAGAACCUGUGGAUAUUCUUUCUCGUUUUCUUUGGUGCCUAGGUCGCCUCAUGAUAGUGGUCUUGGAGACACUAGGUCCAGAACUGUAGGAGGCGCUGGCUAUCGCAGACCUCACCGAAGCGAGAGUUCGAGCUUGCGCAGAUCAGAUUUCCGUGCGACUUCGUUUGAAGAUGAUAUGGAGGAGGAACUGGAGAAGACCAAGGUUGUUAAAGCAUUCUGGGAUUUACGACAAGAGGUAAAAUCAAUCUAGUUUUAGUAUUUCUCAGUUGGCAGUUGGCAGAGCAAAUUUGCUGUAGGUUUGGGUUUAUACGGUUAUCCGAGUGCUUCAUCCUCCAACGGUUGAAAAGGAGAUCAAAGCAAGCGUUAUUUUGCACAUUUUGAAAUCCACGGGAUUCUGCUUAUGUUUAGCAUGAAAGCGGAAAGUACUACACAAUAACCAGCUAAUACGCGCAGACACAUGUUACGCAUGUAGAAAAAUGCCCAAGCGUAUGGCGUACCCAAAAAAACCCGCGAUGUAGUGAUUUGACUAUCGCUCCUUGCCAGAGUAAAGAGGGAAAAUCUUCCCAAUUUCGCAAAGUCGAUUUGAAAUGCUUUAAUUCCAUUUUCAAACUCGUAUUCAGUUGGUAGCUAUUAUCUAUUCAUUUUUAAUCGUAGCAAUUUUAGUAAUCUUAGUUCUUAUAAUUGAUAGUGACAUGCAUUUGUUUAUUAUUGUAGUUGUGAAUUGAUGAUGCAUCUAGUCGUUGUGUUUUCUUUUUUAAAAAAUUCUCUAUAUUUUUCAAGCAAAUGUUAUGUUGGUAUAAACGCAUCUUGAAUGGGCUUGUCAGCUCAUUAGACGAAAGGUAGAUAGGUAAAUGAUUUCUUGUAUGAUUGAUUCAUUGAACAGAAUAUUUUAUUGACGUUUCGUUUGUGAGGACUCCUUGUGAUCGUGCAUUUUAUCAUUAUGUAAUCAUAAACUUUUCUUGCAACCAUUGGCAUUAUAUUGCAUGUGGGUGAGGUCAACAGAAGCCUUACUGGUGUUCUCUUGUCUUCCUCGCCAUCCCGUUUUCGUUACUUUGUAUACCAUUGUUCUUUCGUUUGUUUUGUUGUAGUUGAUGUUUUUUCUCCCCGUAUUUAAGGGCUUUUCAUUCAAGGAGCGUCUAGGCUAAAAUCAUGGGUAGUUACUAUGGCAACUCAUAUGUACUGUUGCAACUAGCCGCACUUGCAACCACUCGGCCCAGAAAACAGAGCUUAAGGUUGCCAUGGUAACUAAUGGCACUUCAACUGUAACUUGGCACUCGUACUUUACAGUUCAUUCAUUGGUCUGCUGUGUUUACCCCCCGAUUUCAAGACUAUGAGAAAAUCGCUCCAGUAUAUCAAUGUUUUUGUUUUGACUCUUUGAAUUGAAUAUUUGGCUAGGUUGCUGUCCUUUGCCGUUUAAGCCACCCAUGUGUUGUCCGACUUCUCGGUAUUUCCUUGCACCCAUUGUGUUUUGUGUUGGAGCUCGCACCCUAUGGCAGCCUAGCUGCUGUACUUGAAGAGCUUUCUACGAAGCGCGAGGAGAGAGAGCAGAGCCAGGAGACCUGUGUUGCUAAGUCUCGCGAGCCUAUACUCGGGCGCGAGCUGUCUUACAAAAUCGCUUUCCAGGUAAAUUUAUAAGCUAUUCCCGUUAAGACUUACAGUAAAACCCCGCGUAUAAGAACCUGGAUUUUUUAAUUUAGCCUUAACAGGUUCUUAUAUUAAUGGUACUUAAAGCAAAUUUAGACUACGAAGGUUCUUAAAAUAGGUUCUUAUAUUUUCAUAUGAAUUUUAUUUAAGUAUAUUACAAAUAUCAUCUCAUAAUACAAUAUAAAUCAUUUUCUACCAUAAUGCCUAAAGGCAGUGCAGUGCAGGUAUGUCCUUAACAAAACAUAACAAACAAACUCAUAGUCAGUUCUCUGAAAUGCCAUUUCAAAGUUGAUACACUUUUGCAGCAACUUCACUAAUACGAACCUAACUAAAAUUUUAGCCUUAACAGGUUCUUAUGUGGAGGGGGCUUAAAAUGAAAAUUUUAGCCUAAAAGGUUCUUAAAACCCAGGUUCUUAUAGGCGGGGUUUUACUGUAAUUCAUUCCGUGUCUUGUAUUCUCCUGACUUGUUUUCUUUCCUGUCGCCCCAUGUAAAAGGGAAUCCAAGACAGUCUUGAACUGUGGAUUCCACGUCGUGGAUUCCGGAUCCUAAUAACGGGAUUCCGGAUUCUAUUUUGACUUGUAUUCCGGAUUCCAAAGCCCAAGAUUCACGAUUCUACAAACAAAACUUUCCGGAUUCGGGUGUCCGGAUUCCCUUACGUUGUGUGAUUCCAGGGACCCGAUUCCCGAAAGUCUUAAUAACUUUUCGUGACUGAAAUCAAAUAUUCAAACCUAAAGAAUAAAAGCGCGAAUCCUGGAUAACAAACCAGUCCGUUUUGUAUUGUUAACUGAUAGUUUUAUCAAUCAUUUGCAAAACUAUUGAACCCCGAUCUUGAACAUAAACAGCAACAGCUUUUCGGGCCCUUUAAGUAUUGGGACUUUUGAGAAACAAGCUUCUGAACCGGAUUCGUGAAAAAAUCCUUACCAAAGAUAUGUCUUCAAUAUUGUGGUCAUAAUAAGUCAAAGAAUACUUAGGUGGAUAUCUCGACCGCUGUUGUGUUAAGUAAUAAUUGGAAGGGAACGAAGAGGUAAGUUUUUAAAGAAACUGUGGUGCAUGUUUUUUCAUCUGCUGUUGAAGAAGGGCUAGCCCUUGUGUGAAAGAUGCUACUAGUUUCCCUUGUGAGCUCUUAUUUCCAUUUUUUUUUUCUGCCAGGUCGCCAGCGCCAUUUGGUAUCUUCACGAUUGUGACAUCAUUUACCGAGAUCUUAAAGCCGACAAUGUGUUAGUAUGGUCUUUGGACGAGACCAGUCUGCUUAACGUCAAGCUCUCCGACUACGGGAUAUCGUGUUUCGCUACGCCCCAAGGAGUUGCAGGAGAGGAAGGAACGCCGGGGUAUCAAGCACCCGAAAUUCGGACCGGGGUAGGAUAUGACGAAAAGGUAAUUGGCUCGAAGUAGCACAUUUUUAUUGGAGUCUUAUUGUAGCUAAGCUCCCUCGAGGUUUUACCUCCUCUGGAGUCAUUUCUGGGCGACGGGAGAGGCGAAGAGAGGGGAGGAACGUGUGCUGAAACCCAAAGUAUGUCUGCAUAGGAGGCCACCUGCCUCCCAAUACGUGAAAGUUGGGCGCUAUCCAUUACAGAGUGGCGGCUAAAUCCUUGUGUGUCGUUGUUACGGGCAGGCGUCGUUCCUUGACCAUUACGAGCGUGCUUUUCCGACCAUCCUCCAUGUUCACCGUAUUAAACUAGUUUGUCAUCAUAAGGAAAUUUUGCAGGGCGUUUUCUCUAAUGUCCAACCAAAACCACACAUAUGUACGGUACAAAAUUAAAGAACUAGUCCUCACAAGGGCAUUUGGGGGCUCCUGCCCAUUAAGAACAGGUGACGAGAAAUAAGGGGAGGGAAAGAGGGAAAAGGUCGUCUUUCGGGCUUGCGAUAGAUUAUCGACGAUCAUAUACUCUGACUAGGACAGGCGGGCUUAGUGUUUUUUACUGGGCUGCCUAUGGCAUUCCCAGUCAUAAAUCCUGUUUCGGUGUUAAUUAUUAACCCAAUAAGCCAGAGGGCGUUGCGUGUUUCCAUAAAGCAUUUUUCCCAUCUUUGCAGCUUCUGUUUGGUUUCAGUAGUUGACGCCAAUACUCAAACAAUUUUUUGGAAGUAGCACCAAACUAGCCAGAAAGAUAACAACAACAGUAACUGUUUUAUCCAGUCAUAAAUACGCACAGUGAAGUAGAUACAAUCUGCCAGCUUCGAUAUUAAAACCCGUAAGUAGCAUAUCAUCCAAACACAUGGCGUUUGUUUUUGUUCUAGGUGGACAUUUUCUCCUUUGCAGUCUUCGUUUAUGAGCUUCUCAGUGGCUGCCGGCCUUUCCGUGAAUAUCGCAAUGUAGUAGAUAUAAAGAAGGCGAUAAGACGUGGAGUAAGACCAUCAAUGGAAAAAAGUACCUUAGAUACACAGUUACCACGACUGGAAGGCAUCAUGAGGUAAGAUUUGAUUUACUUAAAUACACUUCAAGUACGAAAACAGUAAAUUCUAGUGUCUAGUCUAAUAUAGCUUUCGACUAUAUCGCACAGUCUUCGUCAACAAAAAAAACCCUCAUUGUUGUCACGUGAAUUAGUCACGCCGCCCCUAUCUCUAUUUAUAUAGGGUUCGUACGCUGGCGUCUGAUAUGGGUGGCUUUGAGACUAACAUAAUUAUUUUUUUCUUUUUUCAAGUUUAAUUACCAAGGUCGAGUAUGAGCAUUUAUGGAAUUAAUAAUUAUUAUAAGUACUUUUUACGAGCACUACAAUAGCCUGUUCGGCCUGACGUUUAGAUAGUAGCGCUCUCCGGGGCGCUCUGGCGGUGAGGCGGGAAAAGGAGCGCCCCGGAGAGCUUGCUCGCAGGCUAUUUAGAUAGUAAAGAGAGGCGGGAAAUAGAGAGCGGAGCGAAAAUUCUAAGAGUAACAAAGAAAAUUCUAAGAAUAACAAAGAAAGUGGGGAAGAGAGGAGGAAACGCUUUGAGAUUUCUACGGCAUUCCUUCGAGUUCCACACAGUCAGCCCUGUAAUUCGACUUCAGGUCAUUACUGAUUGUUGUCUCUCUAUUGUCAAUCAACGGCUUUCUUUUUCUCAAUCCCUCCAUUUCUCCUUUGUCGGUUCUUUUCCUCCUUUCUCAUUUUGGCGCCGUCCCCAUGAUGUGAACUCUUAGAACAGGCUAGCCGUGAAGCGGUCUUAACUACCCACUCACAUCCAGGACCUCCCCCCUUCCCCGCACCCUACCUAAAAAACAAAGAACGAAGUCAAGAAAGAUUGUUAGCAAUAAAUUCAUUUGUGAAGUGAUAAAAACAGAUACGUUCAAGGCUACAUUUGAAUGACCACACAAAAACACACCGCAGACGAAAGCAAAUUGAUCCCUCGAUGGAAUUAAACCCCACAAUAUCCAGGGCCAGGCGCCUUUGCUACUGGACUACGGCGUUUCACGCUGUAUGGUAAUGGCCAUUCACUGUUUCAAAAAUCACACGAUUUUCUUUUAAAUAUCGUGUCACCUAUGAACCAGUUUGGAAGCUACAUUCUUCUAGGAUUAGCAAUGUUCAAAGUCUCUGUUAUGAUCGUAGUGUUCGAAUUAUCCCGCCCGAUGAUGACUUUUGUAGUCUUAGGCUACCUACACACUACACCGGACAGCUUUUUGUACGGACACGAAGUAUAGGCAGCAACGGCAAAGAACUCAAUGGAACAAAUUAAAUCGUUCGCACACAUCGAACAAUCAUCGAACAUCGUGUCGGAGCAGUUGGCCGAGAGGGUUUGGUAAACUAGAUCCCAGUCCUCACUCCUGGAUAUUUACUUCCGUCUCAGUGGAUUUCAGUCCUCGCUCCUACUUAUUCACUUCCGCUACAGUCCGAAUAUCUGUUCACACUGCACUAAAGGUUGACACAGAACAGAACCUAUUCAAUAUGUGACGCUCCACAGUCGAAAUCAGCGCAGCGCAGCUUCGCUCAGUUACAGAGAUCACGCCGAAAUCACCGUUCUUGUGUGAGAACAGAAGCCCUAUCCGGUAUUGUUUUUUUGCCGGCGCAAAAGCCAUCCGCCAUAGUGUGAACAUAGCUUUACUUUUGUUAAAUAACAAACGUUGCAUAUUAACCAUGUCGUUGCGGAAUUUAGAACUGGUUUUCAAUUUACAGAUCUUGCUGGCAUCAGUUACCAGAGAAGCGACCGCCAGCCAGCGAAAUAUUGCGGCAGAUGGAAGAGCCAGCAUUCCUUUGUCAGUGUCGUCUUGUUCCAGAAACCAACGAAGAACGACUGGAAAAAGUUACAGCCAUUCAUGGGCUGUCACAAUCUGGACCAGGUAAUAAGCCUAAACCUCCUUCACUUCUUUUGCUUCUGUAAGGGCCACCAAUCAUUUUUUUUUUUUACUGAAAAAAAAUCCCAAAUUUUUUUUGUGAAAUAUACAUUAAAAAACAGCACUAUACAAAAGUACUGCUGAAAAGGUUUAACUUGAAUAGUCACUCCAUAGGAUUUCAUCCUCAGACUCGAAAGUUAGAACUUUAUACUAAAUAAACAGUACCUUGUGAAAGUACUACUGAAGAGGUUCCAUUUGAAUGAUCACACCAUAGGAUUUCAUCCACAGACUUUAGAGUUGGAAAUACUACUAAAUAAGUUACACACUACAUACUUAACAAGAAAGUAAUAAGUACUCGUUAAAUAGUCGUGAAAACCAGUCUUGUUGGCCCAGCGAUAAGUUAAUGCUAGGACCACCGUGAUGAUAAUGCUAGGACCACCGUGAUGAUAACAAAUCACUGUGAAAUUGAUAAAAAAAUGUGUGGAAAAUCGAUAUGCGUAGACAUCAUUUUAAAAAACAGAGAUACCACACGGGGGGGGGGGGGGGGGGGAAAAAAAGGUUUUUAUUAGGCCCCCCCCCCCCCCCCCUCCAAAAGAAUAGAUUUUUCUUUUCUUUUUUCCCAAAGAAAAUAUAUAUAUAUACAAAUUUAUUGUAUUAUUGUUUUUUUUUUAAACAUAAUGCGAGUAGAGAAGAUAAGAAGUGACAGUGAAGUGGCACACGUGGGACAGGGUGGGGAGGGUGGGGUGGGGGGGUAGAAAAAGUGUUUCUUAGGGUCCCCUAUUACCCCCCUUUAAAAGUUGAACUUUUCCCUUUCUCUUUUCCCUAAUUAAUAUUAAUUUUUUUUAAAUUUUUUAAAAAUAACUUAAUUUUUUUUUUUUUUUAUUUUUUUUUUUUUUUUUUUUUUUGUUUAUGUUUGUGUAAGUGUUGAUAAAGAUUGAAAUAAAAAAUUUAAAAAAAAAUCUUUUCCCUUAAGUCUCACUAUAUGCAAGUGAACAACAGAGAGUGGUCAAAUCCAGACUAAUUAGAACGUAACAGUUUUGGAACUUAAAAACCUGUUCGCUUGCCUGAUCUCACUGCUAUCGUCGCUUUUAGUCCAUGUCCUGUCUUACGCCUGCUAUUUCUAAUGGGUUUCUUUUUUUUAGGAAAUCCCAUGAUUUCUUCGAGUACUGAUGGCAACUCCGAAAAUCCCUCUAGUUAUGUGCUGUUAUGGAGCCGUGAGCGUGAUAAGCGCCAUUACAGUAUGGUGAACAUUGAAACAGGAACAUUCUUUUCAGAAGAGCAAAACUGCCCUGGCCAUAGGGUCCUUUGUAUGACAAAAGUUGAAAAUCGAACCUGGCUUGGAACAGAGGUGAGGAUAACAUGUUGCUCCUUUUUACGGGCGAGCGAAGGAAAGCGCGAAGGGUGCUAGGAGCGCAAGACACGCGCCUCUCCUUCCCUCGUCGCGCGUAUCUCGUGCUCUACGCCCUUACGUGGUCCAUUCGCAUGUCAAACGCGAGAAUGUUUACUUCGUGUAAUCUAGAGACGAGACUGCUUAAUUGGAGAUCGUAGCUAAGCUUUCCGGUCUUACAACAGACUGAGUGUAAUGACGUUUACAGUAGCCUCACAGGCAAAUCAAGCAGAGGGUCGAGCACUCCUCCACCCAUUUUUGUCUCAAAUUUUGUUUUAUUUCUGACGUCUAUUUCUGAGUCUUCCAGAGCUUUGAUUUUUAGUGUGAAAUUUCUGGAGUCAAAUGCUCUAAGAGUUCUUUAAUCAAUAAAUAGUAUGUAUAUGGCCAGAAGCCUCGGCUGCCCCCUUUCUGGAUCCACAUUUGUCGAGGGCAGAUAUAUCGCAAGAGACUCAGACAUUAUACUUUAUAUUUUUAUAUUGUUAGGUGUAGGUUUUCUGUUCAUGGCCCCUCUAAUGUUUCAACGUUAGAUCAUUUAUCUUAGUAGAGUGUGUGUCAACUCUACUGGAUUAGCCUACGUGGCAGCCGUCAAAAGGGGAAGGGAAGGGGGAAUUAGCGCGCCCGAAAUUCUCCCUCCCCCUUCCCUUUUAACGCUUGCCACGUAGGCUGGAAUUGGACAUUUGGUACUUACUAGAGAGCUUUAGAUUCUGAGACGAGGACGACUACGAGUACGAGAUUUUCCCAAUACUAAGUAGUGCUCUUGCAUGAGCCAACGCCAUUUUGGCGGCAAAACGUGAUAGCCGUCGUCAUUCUACUACGAGUUUUAGCGAGAAUAUGGUAGUGGUGGGAACAGGUUAUCAAAUUUUAGAAGCUUAAUCAUUUUGCGACCGGGAAGGGCUAAACCUUGUCCAAAAAAAGUAACCGCACUAACUUUUCAGGCGAAAAAUAGUACAAUGAAGCGCUCCGGGUUGCAUAUUUUUCGAGUAUACGCGAAAAAACUUUUAAGGUAAGUCUCGUACUCGUAGUUGUUUUCGUCCUCAUAUCUAAAGCUCUGUACUAACUCAAUCACUAGGAAGAAUUCUUUCCUUUACAGCUUGCCUUACUUCUCUGAUCUUCCAACAAUAAAGCAACGGGUAUUUAGGCCCCGUUUCUUCAUUUUUGGGAGACCAGAGACGACGAGGUUAGAUACACUAAGGUAAACGUAAAUUGCCUGGCAAGGUAAGUAGAUAAAGGCACCCCUUUAUCGACCUAACGAAACUACGGAACCGCUAUAAAAUAUCACAAACAACCAAUGUUAUUUACGCCCAUAGUGCACUGUACACAUCCUUUCUGUAUCGACCUAUGGUCAGUGGCCAAGUGGAAUAGCAUAGGAGAGUUUUCUUAAAACGUAAAAACGUUAUUUUAGUGAAGUAAAGUGAAUGAAGUUAAUUCGAACAUGGGCGGAUUUAGCAGGCGGCACCACCUUUUCUUUUGAAUAUUAGAAUUAUUAUAAUGUCUGUCUUCCAGAGACUUUAAAAUUUCUUGACACAAAUGCGCUCAGAGUUCUUUGCACACCGGAAGCCUCGAUCCCCUCUUCAUAAAUCUUCUAGAUCCGCCCCUGAGGUAGUCUGAAAUGUCAGCGUCUCUUCGAGGACGGGGUGGGGAGAAGACACGGAGGACAUUUCAGACUACCCCUGAGGAAACCUUUCACAUAGAGAACUCCCAAGACAGAAUUAUAAGAAAGAUAAAGAAUGCUUUUGAGCACAUGUUAAUAGUGUAUAUCGAUUUAGCCUGCGAAAACAGUCGUUUCUCCUCGCUCCUCGCCGCCAGGGACAUGUAGCGCGGACGAACGUCUGCGACUCUUUGACAAAAAUUCCAUACUGAUGACGUAAAAUCUGUCCGGAAUCCGGCUAAAAGCCCUGAUUGGUCAAAAACAGUCAUUAUUUGUGGAAUAUAUUCUUCUCUAAAAGAAGCAUUUGAGUUUUGCUAGAGCUCGUUCGCAGAAACGUAAAAUUGAACAAAUUUGCAUUCGAAACCCCAUGACUAUUUAUUAUGUAAACAUUGAUUUAUUUCCGGCUGUUUUAGCAGGCUAAUAUCGGUUAAAUAUAGGAAGAGCGAACCCUUUGUCAUAUCACUUCAGUUUCAUUUCAAGUUUAUGUUGACAAAUGAGGUCACAAAUGAUUUAACACUGACACUCGGAGAUGCCUUAUUUCUUUGCUUAUCUCGAUGGCAGUUUAAUGCUAAGUAAACACGUAAGUUUUUCACCUUUUAUCCACAACUUUGAUAACUUCCUCUUCUCUGGAAGCCUCUUUCGAGCUAAACUGGGCUUUAUGACAAACACAAAUGCUCAGAGACUGGGAAGAGGGGGGUGGCGGUUGACAAGAAGGCACGUAGUAAAUACUGGGUAGAGGACUUUCUCCCUUCCCCCGUUAUUCCCUACUCACACACUCCCAUUUUCCGUCUCCGGGAGGGACUGGAACUAGCAGGAUUAAAAAAUGUCUAUUAGUACUUUGGUUUCAAGAACAUAAUUAUAACUGAACAGUAUCAUUAUCAUUUACGUCAGGAGCCGAUCGGCUCCUGUUUACGUGCGUUUAUUGCUUUCUAUUUCAUCUGGUAUUUCCCAGUAAAUUUAACGUAUCUCCUAGAUUCCAUGUAUCAAUAACAAAAACCAUAAUUGUAAUGUAUUGCCGUGCUAUAAUUCUUUCGAUCAAGAUUAAUCUAGACUACCCUGGGUACCAGAGGUUAUUUCUUGCUUGCGGUGAGUUACUUCGGGGGCCGACACAUCUUCGACCAAAGGCCGAAGCCACGAACGACGAAGUAUCGCGGGCCACUAUAAAGACGUAACCGAAACCGAAAACUGCGCAUGAAAAGUCUUUGGCACCCAGGGUAAAUCUAACCCCAGAGAUUCUUGAUGUAAGCCCUAUGGCUGAAAGAUCAUAUGACAGCGUAGUUAUUGUUUGUCUCCAUAGGGGUGCACAGUAGAGGUGUUCGGACGACGGUCCUGGCGUUUGGCCUCAACACUAUGGUCCUACACUACUAAGGCCCCUGUCUUAGAGCUACUGACUGAAUGUGCCCCUUCUGAGUCCGCUUCUUUUGACAUGUUUCAACCACAGGUAAAUAAGGGUAUUUUUGUAUAAAGCGGGCUAGUUGUAUGAAUCAUGAGGCAAUCCGAGCUUGGUUCGUUAUGACCAUGUUGUCAUUUCUUCAUACUCGCAUAACGACUUGAUUACAUGCUUACCCUAAACUGCCGCUUGUAAGCCCUGAGCAGGGUUCGUACAAAGUCUUGAAUUCUUGAAAAAGUCUUGAAAUUUGCUCAGCAAUUUGCCAGACCUGGAAAAACUCUGGAAAAUAGAGAUAAAAUAUUGAAAAAUGGUAAAAAGUCUUGAGUGUUUUUUAAAGCUACAAGUGCUUUAUAGUUGACAAUUUUUUUGUUUUGGUCAAAUCUUACUCUAUCUUGCCCGUAUGUUUGCAGCGUAUCAUGAAAAAAGCUUUGUUCCUGCGUUUUUUAAGGUUUCUAUUUAUCACCUAUUUGAUAACCUUCAGUCUGGAAAAAUGAAAUUAUUGUUUGGACAAAGCCUGGAAAAAAGGCUUGAAUUUUGGAUUCAAACAGGAAUCUGGGCGUAGGACUGUGAGGGAGGAGAGGGCUAAUAAAUAGCCUGCGAAAGCAGCCGUUUCUUCUCGCUAUUCGCCGCCGGGGACUUUUCGCGAAACGUCCCCAACGGCAAGGAGCUAGGACAAACGGAUGUUUUCGCAGGCUUGCUAUUAAGAGGUGGGGCUUUUAAGUGACGGUUCACAGUAUGCCGCAAGUGUGAGCCACAACACGUCAGUUUUUGAAACUAGCUCUGCUAACUCUCGCGAGAGCUCACCUUUUGGCAGAUAAGCUUUGUUUAUCGUUCAUCUCACGGCAGUGACUCUUACAUUGAUCGCUGUGUGUCAAUCGGUUGUUGCUGCUCUGGUCUCUAGUACUUGCAGUAAAUAAUUGGUGCUUUUCGAUUCAAAUUAAUGGUUGGUGAACAUUGAUCCUCAUGUUGUUAUCUUAAGUGUUAGUCUGUGAAAGGUUUGAAACCAGGAGUCAUUUCAUAAGUAGGUUGAGUUUGAUCAUCCGGGUGAACGUAGUCCUGAAUAGGACUCCUGUUGACAGUGACUGACGUUUCGACAACCUGUGCGGUAGUCAUCUUCAGAGUCAAAGUGAGUUGUAUCGCGUCAGUUGAUGGUUUUUUACUCUGGUUAUUGACCCUAUUGGUCAAUUAAGUCGCGAUAUUAUUGGUCGUCUGUCAGUUAGGCCGUGAUGGUAUUGGCUAUGAAGACUUGCAAUGUCAUAGGUGCAUUUUGAUCCGCAUAUUGUCACAGUUAAACAGUCGUGUACUGUUAGCCAAAUUGUCGGUUGUCCAGUCAUUCUCUCGUGUUUAGUUACAGGAUAGUUGACUCUCAUUUUGCCUAAAACGUCAAGAGAACGUUUUUGUGCGUUGUGGGCUUUGGAACGCGUCCUGUUUCAACUGUGGUAAUUUCGCUGGGGCCAAGAGGUGAUAAAGAAAGAGAGCCGAUUUCCAUAGUCCAGGGCUCGACGUUGCGACCCCUGGGGUCGCCAAUGCGACUUGAUUUUUUUUGGUGGCGACUAACUUUUCACGCCUGGUCGCCAGGCUGGCCCCCAUGAUAUUUGUGACCUUCUCUGAUAAAACGUACACUAACGAUAUUCCGUUAAACGGUUAGACCGUUAGCUAUCCGUUAGUCAUCAGUUAGACAGAUCAAUGAAAAUCGCUAGAGGCGUUUGGCAAUUCAGUCUUUAGGCUAGCAACUCAUCCGUAUCCGUUAGAUCGUUAGUUGUAUCUGUCGAUCUUCUACUGAAAUACACUGUUGAAGAAGUUCCAACGGGCAACGGAGACUGUCUUUUAGUGGGUCUGUAACACCAUCGCUUUAGAAAAAUUAUUCUGUAAGAGCUUGUAACCGAUGUUUUAAGGCUUCCUUUCGCACGAUUUUUGCCCGUUUCAAUGUCCGUUCGCAUCGUACAGCAUCGGUCGAAGAACUCACAUACCUGCGGGCGGCGUCCACAAUCUCUUAAGGUAAUACUGAAGCGUAAAUUUCCUCAAACAGUUAUUCAAGCUUCAGGAAAUGAAAUACACUUGCAGUUAAACAAAUUUUUUGUAUUAGAAAAAAAACUCAUUUGGGCUAUGAAAGAACAAAUCUGCAAACAUUCGCUUUGCGUUCCAUAUUUGCAUUGAUGUUCAGAAAUGAACAUCGGUGAAAUAUGAUCUAUCUCGUUGCCUAGCACGUGAUCGAAAGUCUCCUCCACAAAGAAGAAACAGAUCGUCAAAAUUUUCGGGCAAAAGUUGAUUUGGCGAGAAGUCUGUUCAAGAAGUCUGACUUCAACGAUACUUUAUUAAAAGUCAAUAAAAUGCAGCAAAGCUCUCACUUGGGUCGUCACGCAAGGCUUUGUCGCGAAGGGCUCAAAUGUCAACAUAAAUUUGCAGAAAAAAGUAGUUUACAAGAAGCCCGAGAUAGACGUUUGUUCUUUUAUCAGACUAGUCUGCAAUCGAGUCCGCAAUCUAGAUACAUGUUCGACAUAAGGGAAUUAUUUUUAAUCGAUGCGCUAAAAUUUAUUCCCGGACAAACAAGGGACCUGUUGAGAACUGCGAUCGAUUUGCCCGAUUAAUUUUGACGGAAGUCUUAAAAAAGACUUCCGUCGAAUGGUGAUUUUCUCUUACAAGUAAAGUUAAAGUCGAACGUUAGACGGACCAACCGUUAGCUGCUAAGAAUCAACCGUUAGAUCGUAAGAGCAAUCCGUUAGAACAAAUCGUUAGAGCGUUGGGACAAGCCGUUAGAGCGUUAGAAAAGCCGUUAGCUAUCCGUUAGUUUAACGGUAACGGAAUACAUAAAAACGUAAAAAUGAAUUUUAUAACAAGUGCCAUUGUAGGGGUUAUGUAGCCUGUUUUGUAGAAGGUAACUUAUUGAUGAUUUUGUUGAGGUUAAAAAGACCUUAAGUAUAUUGUAUGCUAUUUUUUCUUGAAGAUAAUUUUUGGCGACUAGAAUACUUGUCCUGGCGACCAAAAAUGAAAACUUAGAGGCCAGCUGGCCCCAAGAUUUUUUUCUGAAAGUCGAGCCCUGCAUACAUGUGCUUCUUCCAAUGAUUUCCCCAAACUAAUUCCUCUUCAACUAUGCCGACAAUUUCUUAGAAAGUAGUUAAAGAAAGUUUUUUUGUAUGUGUCAUUACAAAUGUCACUGUAGUAUGGUAGAAGGUGGUAUACCUUUUGGGUCGAUUUCUGCCGCUCUUUCGGUCCUCCCCGAGAAGAGUGUGUUCGGGAGAGGAACGCGGGCUCAUUUCCCGAACAGCGGCUGGUAAGCGAGCCCAGUAUACCUUAAAUGAUCAAUUCACUACUUUCACAUAGACCAUAAUGCACCUUGUUUACCUUCCAAAAUUUUACAUAACCAUUGUUUCCAAUUUCUCCUGGGUAUUACAGUCGUCCCAAGAGAAAUCCAAGACAAUGCUUAUGCAAAAUUUUGGGGGGUAAACAAGGUGCAUUAUGGUCUAUGUGAAAAUGGUGAAUAAUAAAUAAUAAUAAUAAUAAUAAUUUAUAAUAAGUAAUGGUAACAGGACUGAGUGGAGUCCAAUUCGGUCUGUAAUCAUACGAGUGAUUAACAAAAUCGAACGACCGCGUAGCGGGAGUCCGAUUUGUUUAAUCACGAGUAUGAUUACAGACCGAAUUGGACGACACGAAGUUCUGUUACCAAUUAAUCAUAACUUUAACAAAAUUUGUGAUAUAUAGGGCUCUUUUUAAAUCAAAACACAAGAAAUUCCAAGAUUUUUUCGCUAGCUAUGAAAAAAAAGCCAUUUAAGCGCGCGCGUGAUGGCGCGUACUGUCCAAUUACUUAGGCAUGACGCGUACUGUCCUAUUAAACUGUCCUAUUAAGGCUGAAAUCAGGGCAGUUGAGAACCAAUCAGAUUUGAGAAUUUUGUUAUAGUUAUGAUUAUAAUAAUAAUAAUGAGUCUUUAUUUCAUCGAAAGAUAAAACUACAUAUCUUAUGUUACAAUAAUACGGAAGAUAAAAAACUAUGAUAAAAAUAUCUACAUACAUACAUAUAUUAAAAAAGUAUGUCAUUAAAAUAAAUGGAGCUUAAAAAUUAACCUAUUUACAAAGGAGCUCAUAAAACGCUGUGUAUUAAUUUUCGGGCGUGCACAGCCUUUUGUUCUAAGAUUAUGUACAUAAGUCUUCUGGACAGGAAUGAUAUCUUUCAGGGGGUGGCAGGGGGUGAAUAGCAGAGCUCAGCUGAAAAAUCUCAAAUUUUGUCCUUUAUUCGACUGUACCCGACGCUUUGUACAACAUGUAGCCAGCCGUUACUGUAUCACCUAUGUAUAUCGCUUGAUAUUUCUUCCAGGGAGGCAAAAGCGUUAAAAAUGUGUACGCGUCUCUUGCCAAUGGUACUCUAGUGGUGUUUUCUAAGAAAAGCAGCAGCGAACGAAGAUGUUCUCACAAUGACGUGACGCUUGGAUUGAAGGAAGACGACGAGAUUGUCGCAAAAGAGAGUGACAAGUGGUCCAAUAUUCAGGUUUAUGACUUAUUUGUUUUUAUUCAAUUUUGAAUUAAAGAGAGUGUAAUUGGAGAAACAGUUUUUUUGUUUGUUUGUUUGUUUGUUUUUUGUUGUUGUUUGUUUGUGGUUGUUUUUUUUUGGUUAAGACUGCGCUAAAAAAUACCUUUUAGAUUAUGAGGUUAUGCAUGUAAGGGCUUUUUAAUGAUAAUAGGCCCUCAAACAAUGGGCGAGACUUUAGAGGACUGUCAAGGUGAUGGGCUACUUAGGUCGAAAAAUAACAUGCCGGUUACAAUCGAUUUUGCCUUUUAAGUCCCUUGAGCUCUCCAAGAUAAACACCAACAAAGACCAACAAAACACUAUGUGAUAUUGUCUGUGGUUUUUCGUGUGUUGUCGCACCCGCUGUCCCCUGCUUAGGUCGAGUGUUUGCAAGUUGAAGUUCCAGGCGUCCGCGAUGUUUCAUGUGAUGCUGCACUUGCCUACGUUUUAGGCUGGAUCACACCAUACCGGAUGGCUUUUGCGCCGGCGCGACAACUAUACCGGAUAGGACUUCUGUUCACACACAAGAACGGUGAUUUUGGCGCGAACUCUGUAACGGAGCGCCUCGCCGAUCUCGAAAUUCAAGCUUCACUUAUAUCUGAGCAGGGCUCGAAACUGCGACUAACACGGUCGCCAAUGCGACUAACGUUUUCUCCUUUUCUCCUGUUCGCCACUUUGGCGACCAGAUUUUUCUGUGAUUUAGAUUUAGAUUAAUAGAGUUUAGUUAAAACAACAUUUCAUCUUAUCUUGCUUUGCUUUCGUCAUAAAAAAUGUUUCAAAUCGCAUAAACAAAGCCAGUUUACCUCGAAAUUUAUACCAACUUCUGUCCGCGAUAUUUUCAAGCAAUCAAAUGUGAUGAAUUGCACCAUACUAUGAGCUGCGUCAUUUACCUUAUACAAACUGGCGACUAUAUUUCUCCAGUUGGUCGAGGAUUUUUUAAUUUCGAGCCCUGAAUUCUGAUAAGUUCUGUAUCAACCUUUGGUGCAGUGUGAACAGGUAUUUGGACCGUAGCGGAAGUGAAUAAAUAGGAGCGAGGCUGGAAACCACUGAGACGGAAGUAAAUUUUUAGGAAUGAGGAUUGGAAUUCUCGUCACCAAACCCUCUCAGGCAACCGCUUUAGCUUGAUUUUCGAUGUGUCUGAACGACUUAUUCUAGUUCCGUGCCGUUGCUGCUCAUACUAUAACGAAUAGCUUUCCGUGUCGGAACGAAAACGAUAUCCGGUAUAGCGUAAAUAUAGCCUUAAUUUUGCAAGCUUCAAUCGGCGACAAAAUUGUUGAGACAUUGUACUCAAAUAGGGUCUAACUGUCCAUGGACGAAAAGAAGGUGAAAAAUGUGAAAUCUGGUAAAAAGAAAUUGUAUACGAAUUUGAUCGCUAAGCAAAAAGAGACAGGUAAUCUUGAAUAUCUUUCAAAUAGUUUUUAAAUAGUUAUGAAUAUUAUAACUUGUUUUAGAUAGUUAAUAGUUCAAAUUUCUACAUAAGACUCUAGAUAGUUUUCUAAAUACUAUUUUUGCUUGUUUUUAAAUUCCGUCCAUUAAUGUUAAGAAACGGUCCAGAUAAGAACGAUAGCGCUGAACGGCAACGAACAUGUUGGAAUGCAAAAAAGGUGCUAACUUCUUUAUUGUCUGUAUUUACUUCUGACUGGCUUAAACAGCAAAAGUUAACAAAACUUCAUAAAGCAGUACAUAUAUUCAUCCUUACUUUCCAACCAUCUUCCAUAUAACAAAAUCUGGUCUUAGUUUGAAUAACAAAGAAAUCCUAUGUAGGCUUGUACAUUUUAACAUUUGAAAAGAACCGACAACAAAAGUUGAGAACACUAACCAGUUUUAGAAAAUUGUGUUUUUUUGUGGGAAAGUUUCACCUCACAUUUACGUAAAAUAACGCAUUUGCCGGAAGAUAUAGGUUAAUGCAUUCUCUGUGUAAAAAUGAGAACAUUCCUAUGUGGGGAAAGCACCGUUGCCGCAUAACAAAAGAAAUUGCUAUCCACCUUACCCGGAUCAUUACAUAAUUUUUAUUUUUUUAUAGUGAUAGUGUAAAAUUAUUUUAACACUAAUUUUGUUUUUAUGUUUUAUAGAGGGGCACAAAUUUAUCAGUUUUUUUCAUAACUGUCACGUGUUUACCCUCAUUAAAUAAAGGUGUUACCUUACUCAGAAACUCAUAAGGGGUUGAAACGUGUAACUCUCAUAUGUUUGCUCUGUCCGAUGCUCGUGAUUAUUUAUUUUCGAAAGUACCAUAUUUGGAACGAGAAGAAGAGAUAACUGAGCAAUCAAACUUCGUAAACAACGUGACGUAAUUUUACUUCAGGUUCCCGCGCCCGCUUAAAAAAAUGGCCGGCAAACGGGGGAAAAACUCCCGAAAGCCGAGAAAACUUUCAAAGGUUGAAACCAGGAAUCGUAUCCAAACAGUGAGCAGGAAUAUAUUAUUGCCUUACCACCCGGGCCAAACGUAACAUUAUGAAAGCCAUUGACAUCCUCGCAACUUCUUGAAGUUGUCACUUCAAAAAACGAUGCCUCGUUGACCCCCUGCAUGCACAGUAAACUUAUACUGCAAAUAGGUUUUUAAAAUUCUUAUAUUAAAAGUCUAGAGUAAUUAUAUUAAAUUCUUAUAUUAAAAGUCUAAAUUCAUUAGCUGCGUAUCGAAAAGCGUCCAAAACCUGAACCUGACAUCUUCGCAAAAAGAGAUGCGUGUAAUGAAUGUGAGAAGCAUUUAUUCAGCUUGGAUGUAGAAGUCACGAUCGUGGUUUGAGCGAAAUUUUAUGAAUAAACAAACUCAAAACAAUAGACAGAGAAGCCGUUUCUUGAAAAUUUUUAUUCAAAAUCCAAAAAGUUAAUCCUUUAAAGCAAUUCGGAAAACACUAUCUGGAUCGUGGAUCCGUAUCGGCUGAGCAUAUGGCAAAAUUCAACACAAAAUCCAUCUCAAAUCGGGGCACAUUUUGUAAUUUUUCUUUAGCGCCGAAGAGAAAACUUUGUAAAACGUCUAUGAAACAUUUAAAAAUACAUAAAUUCCCUUUCAAAAACGUAAUUGUCUUGUCCACAGAGUGGAAAAUGUACCUGAAAAUUCAGCAAAAACUUCACUGCCUUGGUUGCAUUUCAAAACAGACCAUGUGCUCCGUCGUGAAGAAAACAAGGUUGAAUUCCUCGAAGGACGAUUUCUUGAUGAAAAGCUUCCCUUCCUCCACAAAAAGAAAGCCGGGCAUUCUUUUGAACUUUCUCUUUCCAUUUUUUGUCUUUUAACGGUGUAUUUUUAACCCGGAAAUGCAGAACUCUUGUCUUAAAACAUCUGCAUGGUGAUCGCGCGGCAGCCAUUUUUUUGAAAAUGGCUAUCUGUCACUAAGGAUUCACGAGCAUUGAACGCGAGUUACACGUUUCAACCCCAUAUGAGUUUCUGCCUUACUUUACCUUACCUACGGUAACUCAGGAGAACAAAAGAAUCCGCGCCCCUCCCCUGUCCCCUCCAUUCAAAGUUGGGGUGUUUGUUGUUUUCUAUAGGUAGCUCGAACAUCGGCACAACAUUGCAUGGAGGGGAUGGGGGAGGAAAAGCUAUAUUUCCUCCUUUUGAAGUUAAUAAAACGUAAAAAAGCCCAGUUUUGGGCAAACUGUCCCAACUCAUUUUGUCGCCGAUUGUUGAGUUGCGUCAUCGUGCUCCCGUGGUCGUGUCAUAUAAUGUUGGGUCUGUAGGUCAUAUUUUUGCAACUGUGAUUUCCCUAUGUUUACAUUUAAGGUCGCGCGAAGUUGCGUCGAUGUGAUGUUGCAUCUUGUGUCCUAGCUAAUUAAGUCUGAAAACUUAAAUUGAGCGUGCUUUUCAGAUUGGACAAGACUUGAGAAGAUUUCUUUCACUCAGCUCGAGUUUACAUAUUAUACAAAUUGAAUUAGCGAAGACAAAUAAAUACGUUUAUAUUUCGCACACUUACCUAUAUCUUUCGUCAAUUUUAUAGGUCGUGAACCUUGGUCAAAAUGGUAUGCCAGCCAAAAGCAUGGUCCUUGUCCGCGAAAACAAAGAGUUAUGGGUGGGAUGUGGCAAUAAGAUUGUCAUUGUGGACACGAAAACUCUGCGUAUCUUGGACGAGAUAGCUGUGUACCAGACGCAGAGAACCCAUGUUCGAAUCAUGGUCACUGAUGGCGCGCGUGUUUGGAACGCCGAUAGAAAGUCGACGAAAAUUUUGCAGUGGGAAGUGAGCACUCGCCAGCUCACUCACAUCUUUGACUGCGAUGUUGAUAGUGCGGUUGGGAAAGUGUUGUGUAGCGAAGCAAUGGAGCCGCGUCGCAAGGAGAGACAAGAAAGUUUGAACCGCGUACGUGACAGACCAAUAAGUGAUCCCCUGGAAAGUUUUGACCAGCCGUCUUACACGGAAGCUAUGUUUAAAGAGGCGAUGAACCGCGAAGGGAACGAAGAUGUCAAGACAGAAUCCUCGCGCAAACAUUAUUCCUUUCCGCGGAAUACUCCCAGCCUUAGUUUCGGAAUUGCUGAGGACGAGGAUUCGGACAUCUCAGCAAAAUCUGUUUCUCCCCCUGUUUCUAUUCCCGGUUCACAGGCACGGUUUCGUGGGGAAAAAGUCUCCCAGGGAACCUUGCCCAGUCGUGGUCGCUCCCUUUCAGCGAAAACCGAAUCCAGUGCUUCCCUUGAUAGCGGCAUUUCGUCUCUACGCACCACCUCCAUAACAAGAAACGACACUGAACGAACAGUGAAGAAUAUUUCGAGCACGAAUUUGCAAGACGACUUGCAAGAUGAAAAGGCCCCUGUAAGGGAAACUUGUGAAGAGGUUCAUAGCAAACUGGAACAAAUGAAACCUUUUCAUACCGAACAGGAGCUAGAUUCAAAUGGAGGAUUAUCAACCGAGAGUCACAAAGGGUCUACAAUUGAUCAACAGCAAGACUCUAGUGAGACAGAAAAUAUUGGGAGUUGCUCCUCAGAAAGUGAGCCUGACACCCAACAAGUUCGGACCGAGUCUGUGAUCACAAGCGACGAAAAAGUCGAAGAACUCGAUGGUGAUCAAAAUGAAGCUCAAUUCGAACUAGUAGACAAGGAAGAAACGCGACAGGCCUUUGUGGAGGGCACAAAGAAAGUUCCUCGCUCUGAAGAAGGUAACUCUCAACACUGUCUCUCAAUGGACACUUUGCAGAUGCGUUUCAACGCUUCCUCUCGUGCGCCUUCACUAAUGAGUUCGCAGAGAAGAAGGUCGCAACGUCGGCCAAAACCUCAAGAGAACAAUAAUAAUAAUAACAAUGUGCCACCUACCUCUACGAAACCCUGGGCGCGUAGACCACGUUUGCGCAUACUAGCCGGUUCAAUAAACCGCGUGACAGCGCUUCUGUUGGUAAAUGGCACGUUGUGGAUUGGACGUGGUGUUGGUGACAUACUCACAGUAAACGUAAAUUCAGCCAAUAACGGACUUCCUCCUGGUCACGUGUUUACGCAACUUGAGAGCGACAAUCUCCUGGGUUACCAGAACGGGCAAGUGGAUGAGAUUGUUACUAGUGGCACGAGUAAAAUCGUCUGCCUUCGUCGGCUGGAGCUCGAUCGAGGGAGCACGACGAACGAAGAUCAAUUCACAGAGCGUUACCAGUUGACCGUGUGGGAGGCCUGGGGCGAAACCGAGUUUAGGAGGUUUAAAGAUCGCCUGGACGACUUUAACGCUUUAGUUGAAUGA